AUGUACCCUGAAGCAGAAGCCGUAGCCUUCCCCCCAGAGAAAGUAGGCGCAGAAGCAGCAGCGCGAGGCGCCGUAGGACACCCCCGUGGGGCUGCAUGCACUGGGCAAUGCCCUCGAUUGUCUGCUUCUUUUGGCUCGAAAAUACGUAUUUUCAGUGCGAUCAUGACGAGCGAUCGUCAUAAGAGCGGUGGCUCCACCAUGGACGCAGACACCCGAACUCCGCAGGAGCGCCUUUUGCUGCGUGUGCGUCAUGCCGGUUCUUUUAGAGCUUCAGGAGUGUCCUUAGCUAGAGGCUCCCAAGGCGCGACGAGGGGUGAAACAUGCCCCUGGUGCCGCACUCACGUAGCAUCUGUGAGCUCGCCAGCUCACUCAGCUGCUGCUAGAACAGAUUACAGCUAUGCCUCGGCAUCAGCAGCUGCGGCAGCCUCUCCCGAGGCAGCUGGUCUCAGGUUCUCUUCAGCAGCUGCGGCGGCUGCUGCCGCCCCCUCUGGGGGUGAUGGAAACCACGUGAGUAGUUUCCACUAUUUCUGGAAGCCGCAGACUGGAGGCAGCGGGUCGGCUGCGCAGCAAGUGCAGCAGCAGCUGCAGCAGCUACAGCAGCUCGCAGCGGCAGCAGCAAAGCAACUGACGGAGUGCAGCACGCCAGAUUUCUUAGCAUGGGGACCUCGCGAGGCAUCCCCAGAGCUUCGCACGGAGACUGCACCUGCAGGAGAGGCAGGCAAACACAGUGGCGGCAGCGACUACCAGCUGACAGCUCCCCCAUUCCUCCUUGCAGCAGCAGAGGCGCAUGCUUCGCCACUGUUGCUGAGGAUUCGAGACCUCGCUCCUUCUCAGCUGCAUAGCGUCAUCCAGUCAACCGCCAUUUUGCUGCUCCUGCAGCGCAGGCAGCAGCAGGAGCAACAGCAGAACCCUUGCAGCAGCCACAGAGGCACAACUCUAGAGCACCUCGCAAGGGCCGCCUUCUGCUGCUACGAGGAUAAGCUGCAUCUGGUUCCUUUUGCUGAUGUUGGUCGCUGCGCUUGGCUGGCUGCCGCAGUGUUGCCUGGGGGUGUCUCGUCAAAUUUCUUUCCCCUCGCCGUGAAUGCCAGGAUGCAUGCUGGCUUGUUGCGCGAGCAGAAUCAGCAGCAGGAUCCCCUGCAAGGGCAACAAAACGGCUUAUCUCUAAACGUUAUAGCGGAUGCGCUGCAUCCUUUCAGCCAUGAGGCCUUGCGGCAGUCGAUGAGCUUCCUGAGAGAUCCGCUGGACUGCGGUGCAUGUGCCGCAGUGGUGGCAGAUCUGUGUUCUGCGGCGGGUGGCCUCCCCCCAAUGAGUGCGGCUGCAACAGCGGUGAAAGCAAAUUUGCUUUCCAGAGCGAAUCAGUUGCAUCCACAGGCUCUGGCGGAAGCAGCUGUUGCUCUUGCAGGUAGCGCAGAUGGAGCUGUAUCCCUGCGGCUGUUACAGUCGAAAAAAAUAUGUGCUUCUCGGUCUGCUUGCGGAAGCUGUUGCUCCCUCCGCUUUCCCUUGCGUACAGUGCGCUGGUAGUGGCAUGCUGUCGCUGUUGCAGAUCACAUGAGCGCAGAGGAGCUGCUCAAGCUGUCGGCGUUGCUCCUGCCGGCAACAGAGGCACUGCAGCAACAGCAGCAACUGGCCCUCUUGCUGCUGUACAACGACCGCUGCGUUGCAGCUCUUCCCCUGCUGCAUGCCCUAGAGGAACGGCUGCUGCGGACGGGAGCCUCGCUACGGGGGGAGUGCCUAGCGCUCUUGGCCGUUGCGUGUUGCAGCAGCAACAGCAGCAGCAGCGCUGUUUUGCGGCAGUUGCAUGCAGUCCUCUGUGCAGCACUUCGCAGCAAAUCCAUCUCCAUCAACGGGGUAUGUGUGUGUGUGCGUGAAUGCCUCCUUACCCUUCUCCUACUGCGGUUCAUGCCGGGGAGCCCUAUCAUUUCUCCCUUGCUGGCGGUAUGCUCGAGCAUUUUGGGGUUGCAUAGCGUGGAUAUGCAGCUACAGCCGCUGCAGCAGCAGCAGCAAUGGCGGCGUGCUGCAGCAGCGUGGCAACAGCACGAGGCUUGGAGGGCAGCAGCGGCGAGAGAGGAGCAGCAGCAGCAGCGCGUCCCUCCCUACGGUCAAUUGCUGCAACAUUUGGGCAUUGAUUUCGCUGCUUCCGUUUCCACCAGCUUGUACACUGCUCCCUUCGUCAUAAAGCCCCUCAACCUCGUCUUUGAGCCCCUCAAGGCCUCCCCCAUACACUUAGGCAGCGGUCUACAAAUGGGCGAGGUGGCAUUGCGUCAUGGCGUGUGGAGUGCGCUGGGAUAUAAUACGCUUUCCUUGAUGGACAGCGAGUUUGAACGCUUUUGUCUGCAUGCACCCGAGGUGUAUGUACACCCCAGGGAUCCCCUACAGCAGCAGCAGCGCCGUGCUGCCAGGCAAUACGACAUUCCUGCUGCUGCUGCACACCUUCAACAAAAAAUAAACGCAUGCAAGCCUAGACUCAGGGAGCUACAGCAGCAGCAACGACCGCGGAGCACCAGUGGUAGACACAGGUUGGUGCUGCUUCAGCACCAACGGGAGGAUCAUCAGGAGCAGCAGAAAAAGACGGCAUCUGUUGUGAGAGUACCGGAGGGGCCCCUUAGGGAGUCGCCGCAAUAA